AUGAAUACGGCUCAUCACAUCCUGAUAUACGGGUGCAAAAUACCCGGAUAUCAUGAAAGGGAUACGCCUAGGAUUGUGUGGGACUGCGGAGAAAUGGCCAACUCUAAGAACGAGUACAUUCGGGCGCCCACCUGCGCCUCCGGUUCAGAAAUUAUCUACGCCUGGGCUAUGGAUGCGCCCGCACUGGUCCUACCAGAAGGCGUUGGUUUUAAGGUCGGCGGCGAUACAGGUGUCAACUAUUUGGUCCUUCAGGUCCAUUACGCUCACGUCGACAAGUUUUUAAACGGAGCUUUUGAUAACUCUGGCAUUAUUUUGAAGCUUUUACCACAGAAUACACAAAAGGUCAACAAAAGAGCCGGAGUUCUACUAUUAGGCACCGGAGGAUCGAUUCCAAAUAAAUCAAUUGAGCAUAUGGAGACCGCCUGUACUAUAGACGAGCCGUUAGAGUUACAUCCGUUUGCAUUCCGUACGCACACACAUAAACUCGGAAAAGUUGUCUCAGGCUUUAGAAUCACACCCGACGGUCGAUGGACUCUCGUUGGGCGACACAAUCCAUUGAAACCACAGAUGUUUUAUUCGGUGAAAGACAAGGAUCUAGUGGUGCGCGAGAAUGAUGUGAUGGCCGCGCGCUGUACAAUGGAUAACUUCUUGGACCAAACCGUGAGAAUUGGAUCCACUGGUGACGACGAGAUGUGCAACUUUUAUAUGAUGUAUUACGUGGACGGCGACCGCAUCCUCGAGAAGAAAUACUGCUUCAGUCCCGGACCGCCAUUCUAUUACUGGACAUCCGAUCCCAUUAUACCCAACGAUGGAUUUGUUCCCAAAGCUAUUGAUAUCGAAGCGAGUCGUCUGAGUGAAGACGAACAAUAAGUUUUGUCGAUUCCAUUGCAAUCACUUAAUGACAGUCAACAAGUCUUAUGCUUUUAUUUUUCUAUUCUGUGUUACAAUUGUUUUAUUUUAAAUUUCUAUUUAUUGUGAAUUCUUUUUUAUUGAUAUUUUAUUUUUAAAUUUUUUAAAUAUAUUUUCCGUAAAUUGAUUUGAUUACAGGAUUAUACAUAAGAAUUAUUGUCUGUCACUUACGGUCUGUUCAAUCAUAUCUAUGACAUUCACUGUUGUGUUUUUGUUGUGCCAAUUGUUUAAUUCAUACAUUAUUUAUUGAAUUUUAAAGUAUUUAUUUAAUCGUUACUGUGUUUGCAUUCUCUCACUUUUCCAUCGUGUCUUUGAGUAUAAUUUAUUUCCCAAUUCAUUUGCUUCUCAUUAAUUAUCUUAACGUAAACUCUCGUAUCCUUUAUAUAAAAAAAUCAAUUUUCUCCAACAAAAAAACGACAUUCAAAGCUGUCAAACACACGAAACGCUUAAAUGAGUGCUUAAAUUGUGAUGACUCUAGUCUUAUAUGAAACACUUGUUAAAUGAUUUGAAACCCAAAACGUUUUUUAAAUUUAAAUGUAUUUCAAAAACUAUUCAUUUUAUAUUUCAUAGAAUCUGAAAGCGAUUGAAUGAAUCGGUAUUUUUGUGAACAGGUUUUAAAGAUCACACUAUUUUUCGGUGUUGUUUUGGUUUAUGAUUUUAAUCAAUGAAAUAAUCAAUUUUAAUAUUGGUAUAAAUGUUGAUACAAACUAUCCAUUCAUUUAACUUUCUAUAACUAUUGAUUAAAGGUAACAAAAAUCAUGUGUUAAAGACUGAAAGAAAGAUAUUUUAAAAAGCGUUAAAUUGAGUUAAAGUUUUAUUAAAACAGUUUCCACACUAUUAUUACAGAAAUAUAUAUAAAAAAGUUAUUUAAGAAUUGAAAUUUCAAUUUUAUUGAAUAAAAUUGUAUUUAAAACCAAAUAAAUUACAAAUAAUUUACGCCAUUUUAUUAACAAUUGUUGAGUGAAGUGACGACAACUGAGUCGUCCAUUUGUCUAAAGCGUUAUAACGUGAGGCGCUAUUCGUACUUCGGUUCAGUUCCAGCACUUGGUUCACCUGAUCUAUACGGCCCUCAAUUGUACUGCAAUUCAAUGUUUUCGCAUUUUAUACAUUAAUUUCAUUUCAAAUAAAAUUAAUUAUUUAAUUCUCAGA